UGGGCGUGAGGAAGGCCAUGGAACUGAGAGUCCUGCUGCUGCUGCUGUUCUGCUGCCCAGGGCUCCAAGCCCAAACAACUGAUGCUGAGAAGAGCGAACGAGAAGGAAGCACUUUCUCCAUCCAGUGUCCUUACACAACACAGGCUGGCUCCCCUUCACGCAAAGUCUGGUGCCGAAUGACUAACAUACACUGUGAAAUCUUAGUGACAACCUACUCAAGGUUUAAUAGCUACAUAAACAGCAUCACAGAGGGCACAGUUACAAUAGAAGAUGACGUGAGACAUGGGAUCGUUUCCAUCACCAUGAGAAACCUCCAGGUGGAGGACUCAGGCAGGUACUCCUGUAUUUCCCAUGCUGAUGCCAACACUUUUCUUAUACUAAAGACAAUCUCACUGAAGGUUUUCAAAGAGUUACACAGGCAAGAGUUGGACUCGCUCUCCGUGCAGUGCCCAUACAAUGCCCAGACGUAUAGCACAAUGCAAAAAGUCUGGUGCCGAAAGGAAGAUCACAAUCCAUGCAACGUCGUGGUCAGGACACAUUACCCUUCAACACGGCAUUACAGCAAAGCCCAUCAAAACAGAAUCUCAAUCUGGGACAACACCAGGAACAAGACUGUCACCAUCACCAUGGAGAAGCUGCAGGAAGAGGAUUCUGGCGUGUACUUGUGUAUGCUCUACACACGUCCCAUCCAACUAAUGGAAGUCAGGCUCACUGUGUCCAAGAGGACUCAACAAUAUGCUGCCAGGGAGUCAGACAUGCUCUUUGUCCAGUGUCCAUACAGCUCCCUAAACUAUGGGGCAGUGGCGAAAGCCUGGUGCAAAGCGAGAGCUGGCGGAGAAUGCGCUAUCCUGGCCCAUACAGACUGGCAGCCCUCAGGGCAUCGCAGGACAGCUCAUCCAGGCACAACCAAGAUCUGGGAUGACAGCCAGAGGGGGACUAUCACUGUCACCAUGGAGAAGCUGCAGGCACAGGACUCGGGCGUAUACUGGUGUGCACUUUACGAACACCCUCAUCUUUUCCGAAUAGUGGAGGUUUCACUCAAUAUUUCCAAGGUUUCAACUGAAAUAACUUUGUUAGUUACUAUAAACGCAAGUCAAACAACUCCUUCUGUCACUGAUACCAGUUUCACGACCUCUGCACCACCAAAAAGCUCCAGUGUAACUAUCUUCAUCUUCCUCUCCGUGGUCCUGGGCAUCAUGCUCAUCCUGGCACUUAUCAGCGUGACAACACUGUGGAUCAAGAAGCGCAGGCAGCUGAGAAGAGGUAACAGACAAGCAGAAGCCAUCUAUGACAAACCAGAUGACACAUCACAGUUUCAGAGCACUGACAGAAUGAGAAGUCUCAGGAAAGACAGCAAAGACCUAAAAUAUGUUACCCUGAACUUUACAACCCAGUUCAGCUCUGAGGAACCUCUGUACGCUAAUGUUGGACAAAGUCAGGCUCCCAAGAAAGCCACAGCUGAAACUGUGGAAUAUGCUGACAUUGUGCUCAAGCAAUUACCGACAAAUGACAAAGGAUGAAGCACAGAACUCAAACAAUCCAGAAAUGGGAGAAAAGAAAUGCAGCACAGAGUGGGAAUG